CCUCGGCCCCUGCACGCGCGCCGGGCCAUGACGCUGUCGCUUGUUGUGCGCCCAACUUCGCCGACUCCAUUGCCAACCUCCCCCACUCCUUUUUUCUCCGCUCGCUCUGCUUGUUUGCCUUUGUUUUUUCCCCUCAUCUGACAUCAUGCCUUUCGGCUACCGCUCCUCGACCGGAGCCCUGGACCGUUACGACGACUACGACGACCCUCCGCUCCGUCCUGAACGAUGGGACCGUGACAAAUUCGAGCGUAUGAGCCGUCGCCCGGCCGAUGAGCGUGAGCUCUUCCGCGUCGAAGAGCGGGACACCUAUGGCCCUCGGGCCCGCCGCGAUGUUGCUCUCGAGGAGCGCUUCGAGAGUCGGCCCCCGCGGAGCCGCUUUGACGAGAGGGACCGUUACCCUGAAGAAGACCGUUUUGAUCGCCGUCCUGGCCGUCGCCCCGACUUUCUGGAUCGUGAGGAGCCUACUCCUUCCGAGAUUGCCAAUCGCGCGCUGGCACCAUACCGCCGCAAAUCCGUUGUCGACAGAGAUUACAGCCCGCCAGCUAGACGCCCGCCCAGGCCUAGCAUGAUCCGCAGACAGUCUUCCCUCGACACUUUCGACCGUCGUCCGCUCCGCCGCUAUGAAGCGGAACGUGAAGAUUGGAGACCUCCGGCAAACAUCGAUAUUCCUCUGCCCAUUCGUCGCCGGCCGUCUCGCGAACGUCGGCGCUCUCCGCCCCGUGAUCGAUACGGCGAGGAAGAGUUUGAAGAAGUAAGGUACAGAGACACGGAGCCGGAUUACAAAGAAGACUAUCGUGAGGUCGAAAUCCGAAGAGAGAAGCGCAGGCCUCGCCGUCGGCGUGGUGAUAGUCACGGUGGCCGUAGUAGCGCUCGUAGCGAGAGCAGAUACGGAGCUCCCUCUACGCGCAGUGAGAGCAGAUAUCGGGCGCCCUCGACCAGGAGCUCCACUUCUAGCUUCGAGGAAAUCAGAGAAGUUUCACCGGUUCACUUGCCUGGCAAGCGAGGCAAGACUAGGAUGCCGAGACGUCUUGUACACAGGAACGCUCUCAUCCAACUUGGGUAUCCGUUUGAGGAAGAGGAAAAUUUCCUCAUCGUUAAGCGAGCUCUUGAGAAAGAGCAGAUUGACGAGGUCAUCAAAAUCAGUGAAACUUACAAAGAGGAAAACAACCGCACGACCUAUCGCUACGAUGAGGAAAAGACCAUCGACGUGCCCCCGCCUCCAGAGACAAUCGUAUUGGCCCCACCGCCGCCUCCAUCUGAGCAUUUUGUAGCUGCUCCGCCCUCUGCCUAUCGAUCUGCGCCUUCUGUCAGAAGUGCGUCUCCUCGUCGAGAAUUUGUCGAAGAGCGCCUCGAAGAAUCCAACCACAUAGGGGGACCAUUCACUGUCGUUGUCCCGGACCGGCAUCAGCGCUCUGACCGCGAAAUUAAAGAUGAGAUCCGGCAGUUGGAGAACGAGAGACGAGCCCUGCAGCUUGAGCGCCAAGCCAGAGACCUCAGGAUCAGCGACGUCGAAUACCGUGAGAAGGACUACGAGUUCGUGGAGGAACGACCACGCGAACGGAACGUUGUCCGAAUCGACAAAGACCGAAAGGCGAGAACACGAUCCCGCUCAAAGCCCCCGAACCCUAAGCUGGUUGCAGCAAUGAUGUCUACCCUUACUUGAAAUGGCCUGGGCGGCAUGCUCGGUUCAGCCAUGGUGCAUUUGAUGAACCUUUGAUGAGCGAGGAGUUUCUGUCUGUCCUAUACUUCAAAUUGGAUACCGGGAUUGGCGAACCAUGGGUGAAUUUGGAGCAGUUGCUUCCUUUACGAUUCUGACGACAAUUUGACAUAGCGAGUCUGUUCUUUGCUAGCUUUGAGAUACACUCCACGACACGUUAUAGAGAUAGCACGAAUGAUAUGACCAAUUUCUGGAACCG